AUGUUUAUAGUGACAUCAUCUAAACAUGUUUGGAAUAGAUGUUGUGUUGAUGCCUCCCCAGAAACCAUCUUCUUAGAGAACUGCAGAUCACAAAGGGAACUUUUUAUAUACCGGUCCUAUGACAGUGUUAGCUUUCAUCUUCUUGUCACCUUGCCUCCUGGUGAUUACAUAACAACCUGCGCUACUAGUAUUACCCAUCAUACCACUGUCUUCCUGUCAGAGCAUGACAACCUCUACAUUGCUAAAACAGGUAUUGGUGAUCGCAUCAUCAAGGCAACAGGGAAUAUCGAGGUUCAUCACCCUUUAGUACUGCUCAUUAAUCAUCUUGGUGAUGUCUAUACCGCUGGUCUUGAUCACGAUCAAACAUGGGUUCAACCUGUCGAUAUCAACACUUAUAUCAAGGAAGCAUCUAUCCCCCUCCAGGCUCCUAUCACCAUCCAGCAUAUCACUGCUACAAGAUUCAUGCUCUGGCAAGAACAAGAUGAUCACCAUGGUGAAGAAGAGGAGGAGGAAGAUCACCAUGGUGAUGGAGAGGAGGAGGAAGAAGAAGAUCACCAUGGUGAAGAGGAGGAGGAGGAGGAGGAGGAAGAAGAUCACCAUGAGGAGGAGGAGGAGGAAGAAGAUCACCAUGGUGAAGAAGAGGAGGAGGAGGAGGAGGAAGAAGAAGAUCACCAUGGUGAAGAAGAGGAGGAAGAGGAGGAGGACCAUGGGGAUGAAGAGGAGGAGGAGGAAAUCAAUGUUCUCAAUAAGACAGCAGUUGGACAGGAGGUAGUUGGGAGUGGUGUCAGCCUUCUGAUAACAAACAUGAGACAGUUGUCUGGAGGGGCGCAAGUUGCCAUGGCAACUUCUCAAGAACCCAGUAUUCAGAAAAACAUGAAAACACCGGAUAUAGCAGAGAAUGUUGAGGGCCUACUUCUGAAGGAGUCACCAUGUCAGCAUGUGAUGACCCCGCAUCCCAGCGUUGCCGAGCGACCAACCAGGUUCAUGGAUGUAGGGGAUACAUUCACCUUCCAUAUCUCUGCAAGCUAUGUGGGAGAGAUUCGUCAGACUGAGAAGGCUAUGUUAUCAGUACAAGUGACCAACCCAUCUCUAAUCCAUGUUCAGAUCAUACGUACAUAUAACAGAUAUGGCAUGGAAACAGCUAUCAUCACAGUUACUCACAAAGUACACAAUAAAGGUAUUACAGCUAUAUUGAUAAGUAUCCCAUCAGCCUCUCUUCGUUGUAACUCUGUCUCCUUUACAUUGACCAUACAUUGUACCUGUCCAUUGACAAAGAGACUUCAUUUCGUCUAUGAUCCACCUGUCACGGCACAAGAAUACCUCUAUGGCUCACCUCUCAACAGAAAGAACCAGUCCCUUCUUACUACCUUAGGUGUAAACUAUAGACCACCAUCGAGGAUGGGUAUCGCUGUUCCACUUACCAAAAACAUGUACAAUGCUGACCCUAGUAAACCUAGACGCAACGACCGGUAUCAAGUAUCAAAGGAAAGUGGUUUUUACAAGCAGUGUGCAGGCAAGAAGACUAGAGAGGAAUGUGAGUGUACGGAGGAGAUGAGAUUAUCAUCUUUGGAACUAUUUACAGACUGCAGAGAAAAGGUAUAUCGCAUCACGUACACAGAGGCCCUGUACCCACGUCUUGUUAUCAGUGAGAGGGGUAAAAAAGAUCAGGUCUUAUCUGACCCUUACAUACUUACCAUCAUCGAAGUUAACGACAGGGAUGAUUUCCUCAUUGAAGGUAUGAAACAAAUAAUUGUUAGGAAGUAA